AGGAGUUGCUCCCUGUGGAGAAGUCCGGGUUUCAGUGGGUUUUCUUCUGUUGUGUUUAGAGAGAUUGGGUGAUGGGUUCUUAUGGAUUUUAGUGUUUUAAACUCUGAGAGCAGUCGGUGCCUGUUGGGAGAGAGGUAUGGGUUUCAGUUUUCAAACUAGAGGAAAAAAUGGAAAAUUUUGACAUGGGUUUGUCAAAAAUUUUGAAAUAAAAAAGGCUUUCAUGGGUUUUAGGUUGUGCUUCUUAAUCACGGUUUAUGGGUGCUGUGAUACAUAGUUAGGGUAAUCAGUAGGUUUUAUGAAUUGACCUAAGAAGUAAAGCUAAAUAGUUAAGUUGUCCUGCAAUUUUUGUUUCUGGGUUCCUUCAAAUUUAUUAGUAUUUUUGUAUGAAAUCUGCUCUUUUCGACCGGAGGCCAUUGUUGUUCCAUGUUAAGCACCAAAGGAACGCAACUGAAUUAAAGUUAUCGUUUAAUUCUUAUAACUAUGAGAGGAGAGACAUUUGCUCUAAUGGAAUUGAUCAUAAAACGUUAUGGGUAAAAGUGGAUGUGGUGAAAACAUCUGAUUUUAAAUAAAAUUUCCCAACUAUGUUCUGUGUUAGUCUUUUUUUCUGUCUUUCUCUCUCUUUAUAUAUAAAUAUAUAUUUAAGUAUUGAUGAAUACGUGUGCACACACACAUUCUAAGGUUAAAAUUUGACUUCUUAUAAAAGAUAUGGUUUCCUCCUGAAAGUUAUGACUAAGAGAAAGCAGAGUAAAAGAAAUAAUUAUAAUCUACAGUCUUGGUUAUCAAUUGGGUAAAUGUAGGCUUCUCUGUCUCUGUAAAUUUGUAUUGGUUUUCUGUUUUAGGUUGAUUUAAUUAAUGGGGUCUGUUUUUGUUUCGGAUUAAUUUGGUUGCUGUUAAAGUAAUCAAACAUUGAAAGCUUGGAACCAGUGAUCUUUCAAAGAGGUGUUGUGAAAGAUUAUGUGGACUUGGGUGAUCAAAAUUAUAGGUGUGUACAUUGUGGUGCAUAUUUUUGGUUGAAAGAAUCUCUCAAACAAAGUUGGAAAAAAAUUGAACCUGUUUUCACUCUUUGUUGUCAAGAAGGAAAAAUUAAAUUUUGAACCUCCAAAACCAACGCUAACUUUUUUAGAUUGCUUGCUUUAUCCAAAUGGAGGUAAAACAAGUUUAUCUUUUCGAGAAAAUAUUAGAGCUUACAACUCUAUGUUUUCAUUUACUUCUAUGAGAGCAAAAGUUGAUAACUCAAUUAAUGAUAUGGAUCAAGUCCUUACAUUUUUAAAAUUAAUUGUCAAGUUUGUCAUUUAAUGGGAUCUCUUUUACCUAUUGGCAAUGAGUCUCCAAAAUUUGCUCAAUUAUAUGUUUAUGAUACAUAUAAUGAAGUUCAAAAUCGUCUCAAAGCUUUUAAUUUUGAUGGAAAAAAUGGAAGGCUUGAUGAAAGAAUUGUUCAAGAGUUGAUUAAAAUGUUUGAUGAAUUGAAUGAGUUAGUCAAACUUUUUCGAACAGCAAGAGAUAAAUUUGAAACUAAUGGUCUUAUGAAUUUAAGAAUGACUUUAUUAGGUAGGCAACCAAAUGAUGGGAAACAAUAUGAUGAACCAACGAGUGAUGAGAUAGGUGGUUUAAUAGUUGGUGAUAUAGGUUUGUCUGACUCUAAUAGAGACAUCAUUAUAGAAUGUAAAAGCGAGGGAUUAAAGCGUGUUACAAAAUUGAAUCCAAAAUUUAUGGCCCUUCAAUAUCCUAUUCUUUUUUCGUAUGGUGAAGACGGGUAUAGGCCGGAUUUAAAGUGGAAUCAAAAUUAUAAAGGGCCGAAAACAAAAAGACAAAGGGUGCCUAUGAGAGCUUAUAUAGCUUAUCAAAUUCAGGAAAGAGAACCACGUUUAACUAUGCUGUUAAAAGGAGGUAGACUUUUUCAACAAUAUUUGGUUAAUUCGUAUGCAACAGUUGAGGAAGACAGGUUAGAUUACAUUAGACAAAAUCAAAAAAAUUUGAGGAGUGAAAUUUACAAGGGGAUUUAUGAUGCAAUAUCAAGAGGUGAUAAUGAUGCAAACAAUUUAGGACAAAAAAUUGUGUUAUCUGCUUCGUAUACAAGAAGUCCUAGAUAUAUGAUCAAUAAUUAUCAAGAUGCUAUGGCUAUUUGUAGAGAGUAUGGUCAUCUUGAUUUGUUUAUAACAUUUACCUGUAAUGUAAAGUGGCCAGAAAUUAUAAGAGAGUUCGAAAAAAAAUCGGGUUACAAACCUGAGGAUAGACCUGAUAUAAUUUCUAGAAUAUUUAAAAUGAAGUUUGAUGAUAUGCUUGAUUUCAUCAAAUCUGGACAACCUUUUGGAGAGGUUGAUGCAAGUAAGUUCCACAAGCGCUUUUUUUUUAUUAUCCGUCUUUUUUCCAAUUUUUGGUUUUUUUUUUAAUUUUUUUCUAUUUGUUGUUUUUACAAAUAGAUGUUUGUACAAUUGAAUUUCAAAAAAGAGGUUUGCCUCAUUCUCAUAUGUUAAUAUGGUUGAGACCAAAAUUUAAAUGCUACACUGCAUCAGAUAUA